CCAGACACCCCUCUUGCCCGUCUAUCCUUAGCCAAGUUCUCCCAUGUCACCACAUCGUUGAAUCACAGAGGCCCAUUGAAUUGGGGCCAUAUUAUAGGGAACAAUGAUCUGGCAGCCACUUUCGAAAAUCCCAGGGCCACGAAUAGCUCGUCUGGCAGUAGUAUUCUCCUAAGAAUCUCUCGAUUCCACGAUAUCAUGGAAGAGCUCGAUCUCUCCUUCUUUGCUAUGGCUGCAAUAAAAGCUCCAGCUCAGUCUGCCCAAGGCCAAGCAUCGAAGCCACUAUUCGCCGUCGUCGUGAAGCUACCCUGUCUGGCAGUGAAAUAUCCUCGCGGAAACAUGAUUCGUCGCUUCCAGAUCAAAUUCUCCGCUGAAAGGGAUUACUAUGCAGCUCUAGCAAUCCUCAGCGAAAUGAGCUGCCCAUUUUCAGAAGCUAGUCCCGCCCCCAUGCAUCAUAAACAGAUCUCCUCGCAGUGGGACACAGGAUCCUUCAGACCUGGCUCCAUGUCAAGUGAGCCG